AUGCUGAGGAGCACCCUGCUGUGCGCGGCGCUGGGGCUCCUGCGCGCCCAGCCUUUCCCCUGCCCCCCGGCCUGCAAGUGUGUGUUCCGGGACGCCGCGCAGUGCUCCGGGGGCGACGUGGCGCGCCUCGCCGAGCUCGGCCUGCCCGCCAACCUCACGCACAUCCUGCUCUUCCGAAUGGGCCACGGCGCCUUGCAGAACCACAGCUUCAGCGGCAUGACGGUCCUGCAGCGCCUGAUGCUGUCCGACAGCCACAUUGUCGCCAUUGCCCCUGGCACCUUCCACGACCUGAUAAAACUUAAAACCCUGAGGCUGUCGCGCAACAAGAUCACGCAUCUGCCGGCCGCGCUGUUGGAUAAGAUGGUGCUCCUGGAACAGUUGUUUCUGGACCGCAACGAACUGAAGGACAUCGACCAAAACAUGUUUCAGAAACUGGUUAACCUGCAGGAGCUCUUUUUGAACCAAAACCAGCUUGCUUUCCUUCCCGCUCGCCUCUUCACAAAUCUGGGGAACCUGAAACUGCUGGAUUUGUCGGGAAACAAUCUGACCCACCUGCCCCAGGGAUUGCUCGGGACACAGGCUAAGCUUGAGAAGCUCGUGCUCCACUCGAACCAGCUCGUCUCUCUGGAUGCGGGGCUGCUGAGUCGCCUGCGCGCCCUGAAGGAGCUGCAGCUGGACCGAAAUCACAUCCGUUCCAUCGCACCGGGAGCCUUCGACCCGCUCCGGAGCCUGAGCCACUUGACUCUCUCCAGAAACCACCUGGAGUUUCUGCCCUCCGCACUCUUUCUUUAUUCGCAUAAUUUGACAUUCCUGACGCUGUUCGAGAACCCGCUGGAAGAGCUGCCGGAGGUGCUCUUCGGGAAGCUGGCCGGCCUGCGGGAGCUGUGGCUGAACCGCACCCGGCUGCGCACCUUGCCCGCCACCGCCUUGCGCGCCCUGAGCGGCCUGCGGGAGUUCGGCCUGACCCUGAGCCCGCGUCUGAGCGCGCUCCCCGAGGACGCCUUCCGGGGCCUGGCCUCGCUCCAGGUGCUCGCCCUGCACUCCAACGGCCUGGCCGCGCUCCCCGGCGCCUUGCUGCGCGGCCUCGACGGGCUGCGCCGCGUCUCGCUGCGCCACAACCGGUUGCGGGCCCUGCCGCACGCGCUCUUCCGCCACCUCCGCAGCUUGGAGCGUGUCGAGCUCGAGCACAACCAGCUGGAGGCCCUGGCCGGCGACGCGUUUGCGGAUCUGCCCCGGCUGGCGGAGGUCCUGCUGGGGCACAAUCCCUGGCGCUGCGACUGCGGCCUGCGGCCCUUCCUGGCGUGGCUGCGGCGGCACCCGGGCCUCGUGGGCCGAGCCGAGCCCCCGAUAUCCGUCUUCCCGAGGUACUGCUCUACCACACCUCCUGUAGAGGUAGAGGCUGGGGUAUUGCUGUUCAUGUUUGGUCUCCAUAUUGGCCCCUUCUGUAUUUUCUCAUUUCCACUACGAGUUUUCCUUUGA